GCGAGGCCCGAGGCCCCCCGGGCCCCCCGAAGCCCCCCGAAGCCCCCGCCAUGGGCAAGAAAGGAAAAGUCGGGAAGAGCCGCCGGGACAAGUUCUACCACCUGGCCAAGGAGACCGGUUACCGCUCCCGCUCGGCCUUCAAGCUAAUCCAGCUGAACCGCCGCUUCCAGUUCCUGCAGAAAUCCCGGGCCCUGCUGGACCUGUGCGCCGCGCCGGGCGGAUGGCUGCAAGUGGCUUCCAAGUUCAUGCCAGUGUCCAGCCUGGUCGUCGGAGUGGAUCUGGUCCCCAUCAAGCCGCUUCCCAACGUGGUCACCCUGCAGGAAGACAUCACCACUGAGCGCUGCCGCCAGGCGCUGCGGAAGGAGCUGCAGACGUGGAAGGUGGACGUGGUGCUCCACGAUGGAGCCCCCAACGUGGGGUCCAGCUGGGACCACGAUGCCUACUCCCAAGCCCACCUGAGCCUGCAGGCGCUCCGCUUGGCCUGCGACUUCCUUGCCCGCGGAGGCUGGUUCAUCAGCAAGGUGUUCCGCUCGCGCGACUACGCGCCCCUGCUCUGGCUCUUCCAGCAGCUCUUCUGCCGCGUCCAGAGCACCAAGCCCCAGGCCUCGCGGAACGAGUCGGCCGAGAUCUUCGUCGUCUGCCAGGGUUACCUGGCCCCCGACAAGAUUGACGGCAAGUUCUUUGACCCCAAGUACGCCUUCAAGGAAGUGGAGGUUCAGGCCAAGACCGUGACGGAGCUGGUGACCAAGAAGAAGCCGAAGGCCGAAGGCUACGCCGAGGGGGACCUGACGCUCUACCACCGCUUCUCGCUCACCGACUUCCUCCGGGCGCCCAACCCCGUCGACUUCCUCUCCAAGGCCAGCGAGAUCACCCUGGACGACCCUGAGCUGGAGGGCCACCCGGCCACCACCGAAGACGUGCGAGAAAGCUGCCGUGACAUCCGCGUGCUGGGCCGCAAGGAGCUGAGGUCCCUGCUCAACUGGAGGACAAAGCUGCGACGGUUUGUGGCCAAGAAGCUCAAAGAGCAGGCCAAGGCGCUGGACAUCAGCCUCAGCUCCGGGGAGGAGGACGCCGAAGAUGAGGAGCGGGACCAGAAGACGCAGCUGGAGGCCGAGAGGAAGAAGGAGGAGGAGGAGGAGGAGGAGCAGCUGCUGCACCGGAGCCUGGCCGAAAUGAAGGCCCAGGAGGUGGCAGAGCUGAAAAGGAAGAAGAGGAAGCUCCUGCGGGAGCAGCGCAAACAGCGCGAGCGCGUGGAGCUGAAGAUGGACCUGCCCGGCGUCUCCAUCGCCGACGGCGGCGACUCCUCUAUGUUCUCCCUGAGCGCCGUGCGCGGCCGACGGCUGAUGCAGGAAAUGGUCCGAGGGGACAUGGGGGCGGCCGACGCCUUGCUGGCCGAGGCCCCGGACGCGGACGUCUACCUGUCGGACGCCGACGACGCCAACGACGACCUGUCCUCGGACGGUGACCUGGACCCGGAGGAGCGGCCGGAAGCCAGGAGUCCCCGCCGGCGGGCGAAGCACCCGGGCGGCAAGAAGCCGGAGGAAGAAGAGGAGGAGGAAGAGGAGGAGGAGAACCCCUUGCUGGUGUCCCUGACAGACAAGGCCACCCUGCAGGAGCAGCAGACCAGCCUGUGGUUUUCCAAGGGCGCCUUCGUGGGGAUCGAAGAUGACGCGGACGAGGAGCUGGAGCUCCAGCAGAGCCAGGUGCUGCUCCGGGCGAGUCGGGCCCCCCGGCCGGACGCCCGAGGGAGCCGCGGAAGGGCCGGAGGGGACCCCCGGGAGCCCCCCGAGGCCGGGCCCGGGCCGGGAGAAGGCGGGGCCCCGGACCCCCUGGACCCCAGGGCCCAGGCCGGCUCCCCGGGGGAUACCGAGGCAGCAGCAGGCGCCGGCGGCUCAGAGAGCGACCACGACACCGACGACAGCAGCAGCAUCAGCAGCGAGGAGGAAGAGGGGGAGGCCCCGCGACAGCGGGCCCAGAAACGGGGCCGGCCGGAGGCGGGCGACGGCUUCGAGGUGGUGCCCAUAGAGGACCCAGGGAGACGGCGGGUCUUGGACGCCGAGGGCCUGGCGCUGGGGGCCGUCGUCGCCACCUCCCGCCGCGCCCGCCGCGACCUAGUGGACGCCUCCUUCAGCAGGUACGCGUUCAACGAGGAGGCGGAGGAGCUGCCGCCGUGGUUCGCGCAGGACGAGCAGCAGCACCGCACGCGCCCGCUGCCCCUGGACCGGCAGGAGGUGGAGCGCUACCGGGCCCGCUGGCGCCAGAUCGACGCCCGCCCCAUCCGCAAAGUGGCCGAGGCCAAGGCCCGCAAGAAGCGCCGGAUGCUGAAGAAGCAGGAGCAGACCAGGAAGAAGGCGGAAGCCGUGGUGGGCGCCGUGGACGUGUCCGACGGGGAGAAGGCGGCCCAGCUGCGCAGCCUCUACAAGAAGGCCGGCCUGGGCAAGGAGAAACGCCAGGUCACCUACAUCGUGGCCAAGAAGGGGGCCGGGGGCCGCAAGGUGCGGAGGCCCGCCGGCGUCAAGGGCCACUUCAAGGUGGUGGACACGCGGAUGAAGAAGGACCUGCGGGCCCAGCGGCGCCAGGACCGGAGGAAGAGGCGGAAGAAGAAGUGAGGGGCGGCCGGCCCCGUCCAACUUCUCUGGGAGCGGGCGGCGGGAUGGACGCGCCCGGACUUUGGAGGGAUUCAAUGAAGGGCGGA